AUGAACAACCAACGCCGGUAUAACGUAGAGCGAUCAUGUUUACGCUGCCACGCACACAAGAUCAAGUGCGACAAGGGCUCACCAUGCAGUAAAUGCAUGCGAAAGAAUACAACCUGUCAGUAUCCAGGUCUGAGUCGAAUCAAACGUCAACCCCCGAAGAAAAACACCGAUCUUGCGGUACAGUUGGAGAAACUUGAACAGUCCGUCGCGGCGAUGAUUAACGAACGGCCGACAAAUCUGAGCGGUCAAAGCCAAGGCUCAAGUACCGUAUCACUGGCACCGAAUGACCGAUCGGACUAUAAGACGCCCUCAAGCAACCCAGCUGCAGCAGAGCAGGGGUUCCUAGGCAAAGACGGCCGGUAUAUCAAUGAGCCUCUUCUCUCGCGGUUGCUGGAGAAAGAGCAGGAGAUACAGUCUGCAAUUGGAUCACCGAUUAGUACAAACAGUCCGCGCCGAGCACCGGCAUUGAAGGCAGAUGGUCUUUUCUUGAACCCGCUCUUCGGCCAGAUUGACCCACAGGAGCUAUUUCCGAGUCGUUGGCAGGCAGUUUCACUCUGGGAGACAUUUAUUAGCCGUGUGGAUCCCUUGGUUAAGGUUAUUCAUGUUCCAACGGCGCAAUCACGAAUCUUUGCGGCGAUUAAUCGACCUGAGAGUGUGCGUGCGGAUGUACGCGCUUUGCUCUAUGCGAUUUGCUUUGCCGCUACAACAACCUUGCUUGCGGAGGACUCUCAGAAUGAAGUCUUGUCCGCCGAUCUGCGGCGGUAUCAUCAAGGGCUGGAGUUGUCUUUGUAUCACUCUGAGUUUUUGGAUGCUCCAACUAUUACUUCGUUGCAAGCCAUGGUGAUAUAUCAAGCAUGCUUUCGAUUUAGCAAUAGCGGCCGAUCUGGCUGGAUAUUACACGGGGUGACUAUCCGAGCCGCGCAAUCUAUCGGUCUCCAGCGGGACGGAAAAUACUUCAAACUCCCACAAGUGGAAUGCGAGAUACGCCGACGAACUUGGUGGUAUAUCCAAUCGGCUGAUGCCCGAGUAGCAGAAGACCAUGGCCUCAGCGUCCCGGAAAACAACUAUGGCGACACUGACCUCCCGCUGAAUAUUGAUGAUCAGAACAUAUCAAAUACGACCAUCGCUCCAGCCGUAUCACAGAGCCGAUGGACCGAGUUAACAUUCUCUCUAAUUGUAAUGGAAAUAAACAGGGGCCGGCCGGCUUUACUUCGAAGCUUGGUGGGAGCAGCUGAUCCAGAGCGUCUCAUCGCCGAAUUCAAAGGCAAAAUACAGGAUAAAUACCUACAACACAGCGACCCAGAUAUCCCGAUUCAACGCUUUGGCUUCCUCCUCGGACGGCUGCUCCUCACAAAGUGUGAAGUGUGUAUUCGACAGAAACAGCUUCAGUCACAGGGACCGGCGGCCUCCUCACUCGACUACAACCUUGUCCAAGAGACUCUAGCACAAGCCUGCCAUGGCAUGGAAAUAGACCUCGAAUUGCACAGUCACGAGUUAUUGCGCGGCUUCCGCUGGCUGAUGAUGACUUUCACCCAGUACCAUCUCCUUACCUUCAUUCUCUGGAGUCUGUGUGUUUAUCCCACCGGCCCACAUGUCGAACGAGCUUGGCGCGUUAUAGAUUGGCAGUUCUCUUUGACUGAUAACCCCUCCUGGCCGGACCGAGGACCUAAAUGGCCGAUGAUUGUGCAGUUGCGGGAUAAGGCGUGGCUUACUCGUCAGGCACAUGAGCAGAGUCAGCAAAUCGUUCACGAGAAUCGUCCUGUCUGUACUGAUGGGACUGGAGCUGGGGAUUCUAAGCCCGAGGCAAGCUUCGAUAUUGAUAUUUUGGAUCCGAAUUUUGUCGACUUUUGCGAUUGGAAUAAUCUCGCCCAGGGUCUUUCUCUCUUCGGUUGA